AUGGAGAUGGUCCAUGACGACACCACAUCAAGCCCAAGCAUUCUUGAAAGCAAAUAUCCAAAGAAAAAACCAGAAGCGAGAAGAAUAGAUGAAUCAUGCACAACUUGUCAACCAAACAUAAGGACUGCAGAAGAACUUUGGGCAAUUGCAUAUCCACAUAAAACAGCAACAGUUCCCACAACAAUGGGUGGCAUCAAGGGAGAUACAAUUUUAACCAGGCUCUGGAAAUACUGA